ACGUGUCAUAAUUAACAAACCGCUAGGGGUUGAGAGAUUUCCCGACGCUAAAUCCAAGGGCUAGCUCAAAUGCACGAUUCAUUCUCAUUCUAUUUAUAUAUGAUUACGAUGUAGUUAUAUAUUGACGGAUUUCUUCCUAUAUAUACGAGGAACAAGAAGAUUUAUCGUUGUAAAUUCUGGGGUGUUUGUGUUUCUCUAAGUAUUAUUGUGUUGCUGGAAAAGGCAAACAUGGCCGCGCAGAGGCUGGGAUUGUUUCUCGUUCUGACACUGUUGGGGUUGGCCUUGCCGGAGUUCUCUGAGGGAUACAAACGUCCACCGGCGAGGAAGAUUCUCGACGUGCAGUCUGAUAAUGAUCCUGAAUCCAAUUCUCCAGAACAGGUGCAUAUAUCCCUGGUUGGUGAAGACAAAAUGAGAAUAUCAUGGAUGACAAAGAACCCAAGUCCAGCGACAGUUGAUUAUGGCACGUCUCCUGGUUCUUACUCGAACUCUGCAACUGGAAGUACAACUUCAUACUCUUAUCUAUUGUACAAAAGUGGAGAGUUCCACAACGUCGACGUUGGUUCAUUGAAACCCAACUCAGUUUACUACUACCGCUGCGGCUCCAGUCCGGGACCCGAGUUCAGUUUCAAAACCCCUCCCGCCGCCUUCCCUCUCACAUUUGCAGUGGCAGGUGAUCUUGGACAGACUGAGUGGACUGGAGAAACCCUCCAACACAUAAGCAAAACAGCAUAUGACGUUCUCUUGUUGCCCGGAGACUUAUCCUAUGCUGAUUUCAAGCAAGAUAGAUGGGACUCAUUCGGCCGAUUGGUCCAACCGCUAGCUAGCCAGCGGCCGUGGAUGGUCACAGAAGGCAACCACGAGGUCGAGAAGAUUCCAAUCUUACAUUCUACACCCUUCACGGCAUACAACUCCCGGUGGAGAAUGCCGCAUGAAGAGAGCGGGUCGGAUUCCAACCUCUAUUAUUCCUUCAAUGUGGCUGGCGUUCAUGUUAUCAUGUUGGGGUCAUACACCGAUUUUGAUCCUGCUUCUUCACAGUACAAGUGGCUACAGGCGGAUUUGGCAAAGGUUGACAGGGGGAGAACUCCUUGGGUUGUGGUGAUCAUCCAUGCUCCAUGGUACAACUCAAACGAGGCACAUCAGGGCGAACCCGAAUCGAUUGAGAUGAAGAGCUCCAUGGAAGAAUUGCUAUAUAAUGGUCGUGUUGAUCUUGUUUUUGCAGGACACGUACAUGCCUAUGAACGUUUCACUCGAGUUUACAAAGACAAAGCUGAUGAUUGUGGUCCGGUGCAUAUUACCAUCGGAGAUGGAGGCAACCGCGAAGGCCUUGCCACAAAUUAUAUAGAACCAAAACCAGCAAUAUCGAUGUUCAGGGAGGCGAGCUUUGGGCAUGGACAAUUGCAGGUAGUGAACGGAACCCAUGCGCUGUGGACAUGGCAUAGGAAUCAGGAUAAUAAUGAGGCUGUUCCAAGUGACAAUAUUUGGCUCACAAGCCUCUUGGCUACUGCAGCCUGUAAAAAGUAG